CUUCUUCCUAGCUUUCAGCGACGGAACUGAGCCGAGCGUUUGUGAGCUGCUGGGCAGGCGGUUGCGCUCAGAUUCCAAAUGAAAAUGUUUGAGAGCAUUGACUCAACAACCACAAGACCUGGCCCUGAUCUUUGGGCUGAAAUCUGCUCCUGUCUACCAAAUCCUGACCAGGAAGAUGGUGCCAACAAUGCCUUCUCAGACUCCUUUAUGGAUUCUUACCCUGCGGGCACAGGCCAGAGGGAGGCUCCAGAGUUUGCUGUUCAGCCAGCUACAAAGCCUUGGGCUCCCUUGCAGGAUUCAGAAGUGUAUUUAGCAUCUCUAGAAAAGAAGCUAAGAAGAAUCAAAGGUUUAAAUCAGGAAGUGACUUCCAAGGACAUGCUUCGAACCUUGGCCCAAGCCAAGAAGGAGUGCUGGGAUCGGUUCCUCCAGGAGAAGUUAGCAUCGGAGUUCUUUGUGGAUGGACUUGAUUCUGAUGAGAGCACCUUGGAACAUUUCAAGAGGUGGCUCCAGCCAGAUAAAGUAGCCAUCAGUACAGAGGAGGUCCAGUAUCUGAUUCCUCCAGAGUCCCAGGUUGAGAAGCCAGCAGCCGGGGACAAGCCAGAGGCAGCGGAACAAUAAAUUACACACACACACACACACACACGCUGAGCAGCUGUCUUGGAUCCAGAGGGAACAGCGGAGAGCUCGGUGGAGCAGCAAGGAAAAAUCCAGGGAGGGGGGAAGCCCACCCUCCCACUCAACAAAGCAAACAGCUGUGGGCCCCCGAGGACUUGCUUGGGGCUGCCGUGUGUGACUGUCUUGGAUAAACUGACUGACCCAGUGCAUGAUGGAUCAAGAUACUGCUUUCCUCUGUGUCUCACAGCUUGCCUGAGCUCUGUUGCGGCAGGUGAGGAGUCCACUAAGAAUCUAGUGAAGUAGCAAGUAUGAAAGUAUUUGGAGAAACUGAUACCCUUGGGUUUAAUAUAUAAGUGAGCCAUAUUUUUUCUUGCCUCUUCUGGAUGUUCCUGCCUGCGUUCCCAGCAUUCCCUUGGUUAAUUGUCAGGGGUGAGUGGGGCCAAGGAGAAUCAAGUCGGCCUCCUUGGAUCCACAGCCCAUGUGGGGCUUCUCUAAGUUUGUAAUAAAUAUAGGGAUGUUAGGAAAAGAGGCCAUGCUUUUCCUUUGGUUUGUUCCUUGUGGAGAAAAUGGACCAAAGUAUGAAAACUUGGGUGUUUGUGUGUAGAUGUAUAUUUUUGAUUUCAUGCAUGGUUCUCCCCUAACUUCCUCUUGCACUUAAAAUGGGCCAGGCUUCAAAUUAGACUUGUAAAUAUGGUGUCGGUAUUUGACACCACCCCUGAAUAGUUCCAAGCUCGCUUGUGGCAGCUUUCCUGGCCGUUCUUGUUCAGUCUGUGUUGUCCAUAUAAAACU